GACCAACCCACAUUACAUCACCCGUAAAAUUCGUAAAAAAUUGUCGUCUUCGCUGAUCUCAGGUCUAAUGGAGAGAGACGGACGUAACUAUAAUCGUGGCGCUCCCCGUGGCGCUAGCUGCGGCGGCGGCGGAAGCGGAAGCGGAAGGGGAAGGGGAAGGGGUAGAGCUUGGGGUCCUUCACAGCAAGGUCAGAAUCAAGGUGGUGGAAGAGGACAAGUUAGGGCUUGGGGUCCUUCACAGAGCGGUGGUCAACAGUGGGGUCCACAGCAAGGUCAAGGAGUGUGGAGUGGGAGACCAUGGAUUGGUCAGUCGUCGUCGUCGUCUCAAACUCAUCAGAUUCAGACUGUACCUGUUCCUCAUAGGUUUCCUGAACAACUUCUUCCUGAUGUUCAGUCAUUGGAAAUUUCAGAAAAGAAGCCUCAAUUGUCUAUUCCAGAAAGUUCGGAUAAGAGGAUUGUGCCCAUCAGACGACCCGACAGAGGGGGCACACUUGCUGUCAGGUCGACAAGGCUCUUCGCCAAUCAUUUUCCUGUCAGAUUCAAUCCGGAGAGCACCAUAAUGCACUAUAAUGUGGAUAUUAAGCCAAACACAACUCCAGGCAGUAGGGCUGCCAAGAGACCAAUACCGAAAUCUGAUCUGCGUUUGAUUAGGGAAAAGCUGUUCUCUGAUGAUCCCACCCGAUUUCCUGAGCAAAUGUCUGCUUAUGAUGGUGAGAAGAACAUCUUCAGUGCUAUGCCACUGCCCGAAGGGAAUUCUGUGGUGGUGUUGUCUGGUGGGGAGGACGUGGCAAGUCGCUCUUAUACAUUUACCAUUCAGUUAGUGAAUAAGCUGAAGCUUUCAAAGCUAAAUGAUUACUUAAGAGGAAUGCUCUCAUAUAUCCCUCGCGAUAUAUUGCAAGGGAUGGAUUUGGUAAUGAAGGAGAAUCCAUGUCAGCAUAGGAUCUCUGUUGGUCGAAGCUUUUACUCCAAAGAAUUCAGGCCAAGAGAUGACCUCGGCUAUGGCAUUGCAGCUUACAGAGGCUUUCAACAGAGCCUAAAGCCUACUUCCCAGGGUCUGGCUUUAUGUUUGGACUAUUCGGUGUUGGCAUUUCGCAAGCGAUUGCCGGUCAUAGACUUCCUUGUGGAAAAUGUUGAGGGUUUUCGAGUAAAUGAUAUGAAAAGGUCAAGAAGAGAUGUAAUGCGUGCAUUAAAAGGAUUGAAAGUUCAUGUUACUCACCGUGUCACCAAGCAGAAGUACAUUGUAGCAGGGUUAACCAAUCAAAAUGCACGAGAUAUUACAUUUACUCUUGAGGAUCCAGAGGGUGAGAAUCCACCGAGGGAAAUUGGCCUCAUUGAGUAUUUCAGGGAGAAACAUAACAAGGAAAUAAAGUAUCAGGAUAUGCCUUGUUUGGAUUUGGGAAAAAAUAAUAGAAAAAAUUAUGUGCCGCUGGAAUUCUGUGUUUUGUUGGAGGGGCAGAGGUACCCAAAGGAGCAGUUGGAUAAGGAAACAGCUCUGUUCUUGAAGAAAAUAUCACUGCCUCAGCCAAGGGAGAGAAAGAACACUAUUUAUGAGAUGGUGCGUUCUCAGGAUGGUCCCUGUGGAGAUGUUUCUCAAAAUUUUGAAAUUGAAGUUGAGAAGAACAUGACAGGAGUGUUGGGUCGUGUCAUUGAGCCACCAGAUUUGAAGCUAGGUACUCCCAAUGGCAAUGUGAAUGUUCUAAGAAUUAAUGACAGGGACAAGUGUCAGUGGAACCUUCUUGGGAAAGCAGUUGUGGGUGGCAAGCCACUUGAGCGUUGGGCCUUGAUAGAUUUCAGUUCAUAUGAUCGUUAUAGACUGAAUCCCAGUCAUUUCGUUCAGAACCUGAGAAAUAGAUGCCGAAAUCUGGGGAUCCGUGUUGAGGAGCCUGUGGUGCGUCGUUUCACCAACAUGAAUGAAUUCUCAAGUAUAGCUGCCAUUCAAAAACUACUUCACAACGUAGUUGAGGAGGCAAGUCAGAAAUGUAAAGGCCAACUACAACUUAUCGUCUGUGUGAUGUCUGCAAGACAUGAUGGUUACAAGUAUCUCAAAUGGGUGUCUGAGACCCAGAUUGGAGUAUUGACUCAAUGUUGCUUAGUUGGUAAUGCCAACAAAGGUAAUGAUCAGUACCUUGCAAACCUUGCUCUCAAGAUUAAUGGCAAGAUUGGGGGUAGCAAUGUGGAACUAAACGGCCCACUCCCUGGUUUUGAGGGUGACGAACAUGUUAUGUUUGUGGGGGCCGACGUCAAUCACCCUGGAGCAUUUAAUGCAUCUUGUCCAUCAAUAGCAGCAGUUGUCGCAACAAUCAACUGGCCUGCUGCGAAUCGCUAUGCUGCUCGGGUUUGCCCCCAGGAGCACAGGAAGGAUAAGAUUCUGAAUUUUGGGGCCAUGUGUUUAGAUCUAGUCAACACUUAUGCUCGGCUCAACAAAGUCAAACCAAAGAAAAUUGUGGUUUUCCGUGAUGGUGUGAGUGAGAGCGAAUUUGAUAUGGUUCUCAACGAGGAGUUGCAAGAUCUGAAGAAUGCCAUAUAUGAGGGAAAUUACCGUCCAACAAUCACUCUUGUCGUCACCCAGAAGCAACACCAUACCCGUCUGUUUCUUGAGAAUGAGAGGGAGGGGGGUGCAUCUGGCAACAUGCCUCCUGGAACAGUAGUGGACACAACAAUUGUUCAUCCCUUUCAAUUUGAUUUUUAUCUUUGCAGCCAUUAUGGAAACCUCGGGACAAGCAAGCCAACACACUAUUAUGUUUUGUGGGAUGAGCAUAACUUCACUUCUGACAAGUUACAGAAGCUCAUUUAUGACUUGUGUUUCACAUUUGCUCGAUGCACAAAGCCUGUCUCGCUCGUGCCUCCUGUGUACUAUGCUGAUCUUGUUGCAUACCGGGGACGUCUGUUUCAAGAGGUCCUGAAUGAGUUGCAGUCGCCUCCUUCAGUACCAUCUUCGUCUGCUUUGACACCUGCUGUUUCACUUAACGAGAGGUUCUAUACUCUGCACCGGGACCUCCAGAACGUUAUGUUUUUCAUUUAAGCGGCCAUGUUGGCCGUCUCAAAUUUCCUUUCCUUUUCUUAUGAAGGAGAGGAUAUUUAAACUGUUGGAAUAUGCCCAGACGCAAUUCAACCUCCUUUUCUAAGCACUAGUAAAGAGGUUUGUGCGUGAAUCUAAUGGGAUUUCUUGUGUUACUUGGUACAUGGCUCCAUACCCUGGGGUUCAUGUCUUUGUGCUGCCUGUUCUCAUGGUUAUGAACCAUGUAAAACUAGAGGCAUGGUAUGGUCACCGAUAACUUACUAGUACGGUGUGUUUUGUGGAUCUGUUUUGUGUGUUUUGAGGUCUUGUUUAGUGUCUGUUUUCAUGUUUUUUAGCUGCUGUGUGUUUAAAAAGGAGCAUAUGAUGUCCUGUGCUGGUUUGAUUAGUGUUUCUGAAUGUGUUGGUUAAACUAUGCUUUUAUGUAUUGUAAUAAAUAAAUGUGUGCUUUUGCUUUGGAUAAA